AUCACACGAAUCCAUCCAGCCAUAAUUGGAGAAGAGCUCCCAGUGUUCGCUUAACUCGAGCCAAAAUGAAGGUUCUCUUAUUGACAUUUGCCCUAAUGAUUCUUGUAGCGGCUUCUGAAGGGCGUCGUUGGCCAGGAAUGCCAGGCCCCGGCCCUUGCAAGGCUUUGUUCCAGCGCUACAAAUGCGUGGAGGGUCACUGCCUGCCUUACAUUUACGGAGGCUGCGGUCCUGACGGUGGUGGCUAUCGUACCAUGGACCAGUGUGAACGAUUCUGCAACGGUUUCAGACCCUCAUUUCCUGGACGACCAAGAUACCCAGAGGAGAGGAGACAUGUUGCAAAUUAGGUACCAGAACGCUGAACAAAUAUUUCUUCCUUUACUCCGAAAAGAAGACUGCGAUUUUUGGUGACGGCAAUUAUUAUAUAUAUGCCAAUAAAAAA